UGAGUAGGACGUACUGGAUUUUUGGGUCUGUUUUAUUUUCUGCUGUGUCCAGGAGGUUUGUAGUUCUUCUACAGCUUGUAGACUUCACUCUUUACUGCUGCAGUAAUAAUGCCUUUAGGUGGAGGACUGUCCGAGCUGGCAGAGGCCACUGCUGCGGUCCAGAAGAUCUGUGAUCAGAUGAAGGUUCACGCAGAACAAAAAGCAGGAAGAACAUUUGAAACCUUCACUGCUAAAUCCUACAAGUCACAGGUGGUAGCUGGGACAAACUAUUUCAUCAAGGUGCAUGUGGGUGGUGAGGAAUUUAUUCACCUGCGUGUCUAUAAGAAGCUGCCUUGCUAUGGAGGAGACCUGGAACUUACUGAACUCCAGUAUCCCAAAGCCCAUCAGGACCCCAUCGAAUACUUCUAAACACAUAUUGCACUGAGAAAGAAACAGAAUUGAAACAGCAGUGUGUUUGAAUUUGUAUUUCCUUUGUAAUGUCAUCUAAUUAAAGUUGAGUUUAUUCUGUAUUAAUCCUGAACUGACAAGAAAUGAGCUGCUUCUUGAGUCAAUAAAGUUUUACUGAUGAAUAAUAACA